AUGGCUUACGAGAACUUUCGCGCUUCUCAGCCCUAUGACCAGCUUUUCAAUUCCGUUGUGCAGGCGCCGUACCAUGACAACUACGAUCCCACGUUGGAUAGCAGGGCCCCAGCAGUCCCACCAGUCCCAGUACCGCCCUAUCAGCCUCCUUCGAAUCAGCAAUCUCCGCCUCCGCCGCCACCACCCAUCGCCGCUCCGCCAAAUAAACCAAUUCCAUUUCCGGACCCCUCACGGUUCUAUCAAAAUAGCAACAAUAACCCGCUUGCGCCUGAACCUCCCGGCACGGCGUUUCAGCAGAAACUCGAUGUCUCCCCUGAAAUCAUUGCGCAGAUUACCUCGAGCGUCAUCCAACAGCUACAGGGUCUCAAUUUUGUAGGCAAUAUACCCCGUCAAGCUCCAGAACAUCCAUCCCAGAAUUCGAAUUUGUCGCCAUUCACUCCGUCAGUCUCCGAAAUAUCACAGUCGUCUCCCACUACUGCGAAUAAAAUCUACACCCCACCCUCUCCCUUCAGACAUGUGCAGGAUGGACCAUACCAGUCUCCCCAGUUUUCGAACCCGCAAUUUGCCCAAAAAGUCCAGAAUUUCCCGCAGACGCUUGGAGAGCAGGAGCGGAUUCCUCGCCCUUACUUGGAUGGGGCAAAUGACCAACGCCCCAGACUGUCUCGGCCUCCGACGCAGGACGAAACGCCGGUAGAGAAGAUUUGGGGGCAACUUUUUGACAAAGAUGGGAUGCCAACCGCGAGGCUUGGGCAGUUUUUGCGUGGAAUCGCUGUUCAUCUAAUUGAAGCCUACCCGCCUGGGAACACUAUCGUUGUCACACCAGAGAAGAUGCAGAAAUAUUACGAAGAUACCAAAUCGCCCACCGACCCGUAUCUAUGGAAAGGUAACGAUGGGGAAACUUCGUGUAUUGUGACUGUUACUAACUCUGGUUCACUAGAUAUAUUCGAUGACCGAACAUCAUCUAUCUCGCGUCUUUAUCGAGACGUGCAAGCAGAGCAUCAUCUAGUCCAAGAUCGACUAGAUGAAAGACCUGAUAUACCUGGCCUUACCCCUCGUGGAUUCGAACGCUGGAUGAGACUCAUGAUCGUCGCGCGUCCUGACCAAGAAUACCAACGCCUUCAGAGGACCGUUCUUGAGAUGCCCAUCAAUAAUCCAGACGACCCAAAAGAACGAUUUCCGAAAGAGCUUCCUCGGCGAUUAUUUCCCAAGUCUCCUGAUCAGGAUGUGAAAGAGCAUUUGGAGCGUUCCAUUCUAACACAUUGCCAUGUGAAUGUUCCGAAGACAGUGGACAGAGACCAGUCGCAGCCUAAUACCCAUCGCCGCCGUCCCACUCCAUCAAUUGGGACGCCUCCCCCUAAUGCAGAUCCAAGGUUGAGUUCUCCUUUUGAGGACGACGACGAAGAUGAACCGGCGCCAACCCGUCCUAUCGAACGUGAAAGAAAGCCCUAUUCAGUCCAACUUGGAGGAAAAUUUUACGAGGACAAUCUCAAAGCAAAUUUGAAUAGCCACGUAGAGCAAACCAAAUACCGUGAUUUUGGCAUUCGAGGUGGCCGUCAAAGUCCUUCCACCGGAAAUAAACAUGAUUCGAAAGAUUUCGCCAAUCGAGAUGCAGACUUUGUGAAAACUCCUGUGUCUGCUCGAUUCAGAGAGGACGAUGAGGUUCGAUACAGGAAGGAUGAACGUGUCCACGACCAUUUACGCGAGAGGGAGUUUGAGAGGGACAGGCACAGCGAGCACCCAUCUCGCGGAAGCUGGGAUACGGAUGAAGAGGAUUAUUAUCGAGCCACUGGUACUCUAGGUGGGAGAAGUGGGCGGCGUAGCCCGGCAUACGAUGAGAACCAGUGGCCUUUUCGUUAG